CAUCCGAGCGAUAAUUAUGAUGUUCUUACUUUGCCAGCCGAUGACCCAGAAUUUCUGACCUAUCUCAGACAAGAGGUUCUCGACCCUCCCUCGAAUGACGCCUAUAAUCUCUUGGGCGAAGAUAACAUUGGCCACAAGAUAAGGGAGAGGAGUGAGUUGUUCUACGAGGAGAAACUCGCAGCUCUUUUUAAGGAUGUGCGCAACGGUUUCUUCGUCGAGGCCGGAGCUCUUGACGGGGAGACCAUGUCCAACAGCCUGGCUCUGGAGCGGGACCUGGGCUGGACGGGCCUCCUCGUGGAACCCGACGCCAAGAACUACCAGCUCCUGCGGGCGAAGAACAGGAGGGCUUGGUCGGCCAACGUCUGCCUUGCUCCGAGGCCUUUCCCGUCCGUGGAACUGUUCAACGAGCCCCCCCAUCAUCCUGGACCGAUGGCGGUGCCACUGGGCGCCAAAAUGAGGGCAAUGCACGCCCUGACAGAGUAUGCCAAUGUUAAAGCGUCUCCCUUCUGUUCUCAAUCACAGUAG